ACGUUUUAUGGGACGCAUGAUCCAUUAUGCACACGAUUCUGUAAACUCAGUCGGGGCACGCGAUUUUCUAAAAGCAUUUUCACUAAUGUAUCAAAUGGUAGAAUCGCUGCGAUCCUAAACAAAGACUCGACUCGAUUGCACUGCAGAUUUAUUAGUUAUUUCCUUUUGCUCAUACAUUUAUUUAUUUAUCCUAAAAAAUGGGCGAUUAGGGUUCGAGGAUUGAGAGCCCCUCUUCGAUGGUGGAUAGGAGAGCAAACUCAGUGGAAAGCGAGAACGCAAUCGAAAUCAAACAACAGACACCCAUCCCCUUCAAUUAUCUGGUGCGUUGUAGGAUGAUGGAUCGAUGGGGGCCGAGGGCUAUGCUCUGAGUCAAAGCAUUCCAAUUGGAUUUUAUUGUCAUGAAUAUUGUUCAAAGUUCAGAGUUUUUGUUACGUUUCUUCCAUCGAAAAGCUCCAAUAAUCAAUUAACAUCUGGGUACAAUCCAAAAGCUCCAAUCUCUUUGGUCCUCUCUUGAUCAUCGAAAAGUUUUUCUGGUUCCUUCUCUCGGAAUUCAUUUUUAGAAGUUUAUUUCAAUAAUUUUGUUACCGCCUUCAAGAAAAGAAAAUGGUUGCUUCAACUGCGGCGUCCGCCUCCCUCAAAGAGUAUCUCAAAAGAUAUGAAAGCAACAAUGAAGAGGAGAAUAAAAAGAAGAAGAAAAAGAAAAGAAGUAAACCAGAUGCGAAGGGCGUCCUUGUUGUGGACGAAGAUCCCGUUUGGCAGAAACCCGUAAAACUUGGAGAAGAAAGUGGUGAUGAUUCGCCUGAUGAAGAGAAGCCCCAAAUUGAUGAGGACAUUGAAGUUAAGCGGAUGAAGAGACUAGAGCAGCUUCGAUCCAGACGGCCCUAUCACGCCAUCUCUGAGGAUGGAAGUGGUUGGGUUUCCGUUGAUGCUCCUAAACUCUUGAAUUCCGAUGACCCAAGUUCUGAUAUGUCUCCACCUCGUCAACAUAGGGCCCGGAAAGACACACCUUCGCCGGAACCUGAAUUGAAGCCGUCAGGGUUGCAAAGAGAUAGUUUUGAUCUCUCACCGCCGCGGGAGCGGCGGAGAUAUCACCACACACCGUCACCGGAAGCUGAACUGAAGCCUUCAGGGCUGAGAGAAGCUACUGAUUUGUCACCACUACAGCAGCGUCGGAGACGGUACCACACACCCUCACCAGAACCUAAAACAAAGCCUUCGGAGCUCAGCAGAGAAGAUGCUGAUUUGUCACCGCCGCGGCAGCAUCAGAGACGUCACCACACUCCCUCUCCAGAGCCUAAACUGAGGGGUUUGGAGCCCAGCAGAGAAGAUACUGAUUUGUCACCACCACGGCAGCGGCGGAGGCGUCAAUGCACGCCCUCACUGGAACCUAAACUGAAGGCUUUGGAGCCCAGUGGAGAAGAUUCUGAUUUGUCACCGCCACGGCAGCGGCGAAGACAUCACCACACACCCUCACCAGAACCUAAACUGAAGGCUUUGGAGCCCAGCAGGGAAGAUACUGAUUUGUCACCACCACGGCAGCAGCGGAGACGCCACCAUACUCCAUCACCAGAACAUGACAUUUCUCCUCCUGGUCGAGCUCAUCGUAGUUCUCCAUAUCAAGAUUAUUCAAAUGCUUCCCCAACGGCAGAUCUUUCACCUCCAAGGAAAAGCCGGAAGGACUUAUCCUUUUUGAAGGAACGGACAAAAACUGGUUUGCUUAGUGGCCGAGAUAUCAAAGAAGUGAAUGCAAAAACUAAGAAGGAUGAUUGGUUGAGAUUUAAAGAUAUGGAUCCUUCCAUAAGUGGACGAGGAGCAGAGCCUGUGUAUCGUGAUAAGAUAACUGGAGAACGUUUAUCUAAGGAGGAGCUCUUGAAACUGCAGAAGAAAGAAGAAAAGCCCAAGGAAAAGAAGCUGGAGUGGGGCAAGGGCUUAGCUCAAAAGCGGGAAGCUGAAGUAAGGCAGCUUGAACUAGAAGUUGAGAAGAACAAACCAUUUGCCCGGAGCAGAGACGACCCAGAUCUGGACAAAAUGUUGAAGGAGAGAGUAAGAUGGGGUGAUCCUAUGGCACAUCUGGUCAAGAAAAAGCAUUCUGAGUCAUUUCUGCCAGACCUAGGGGAUAGUGAGAAGAUGAAAGAAUCAGGCUUUAUAAUUCCUCAGGACAUUCCUAGUCACAGCUGGAUAAAAAGAGGAUUAGAUGCAGCACCAAAUCGAUAUGGUAUCAAACCAGGGAGACAUUGGGAUGGGGUCGAUCGUAGUAAUGGAUAUGAGAAGGAGCUAUUUAAGAGGAUGAAUGAGAAACAGGCUACCGAAAGGGAAGCUUAUCUCUGGUCGGUGUCUGACAUGUGAUUUUGAGUGUACUUGUGGUGUGUGUACCUGUUGGCUUUCGUGUGUCUAUGACGACAGCCAAGUAAGAUUCCUGAAACACAUGGGAACAAUGUUUCUUAUAUGUAAAUCAGAUGCAUUCCCACUUCCCGGCGAUGGCUUGUUUGAAGCUCCUUAAUUGUUACCAGGCAAAUCCUAAAGAGUUGGAUUGAAAUUGUCUGCGCGAGGAUUAAUUCUGAAUGGACAUGGUUAAGGAUACCAAUUGCCAGUUCAGGUUUCUUUUGGGAAUUUCUGAAUUUCUGUGUUUGUGCUUUAUAUGUAUGGAGUCGGGAGGAUAGAAUUUAGUUAUAACAGAAAUAUAAUGUCGAUCAUUUGAUCAUUUUUUCCCCAGCAUUUUAAAAUUCUCUCCUUUAUUGUAAUAUUUCCUGUACCACUGUGGUUUGCCCUCCAUUUUAUACCUGUUGUACCAAAUACAAGGAAUGAAGGCAUGGACUUUGUAAGUUCUAUGAUUAAAGAAGAAUAUUUCUAUAAA